AGCGCGGUGAGGGGCGGGGGGCGGGCCGGGCCGGGCCGGCGCGUACCGCCCGGCAGCCGUUCCCCUCCUCUCACGUCUGCUUCAAGCCGCGGCACCGGCCGGGCCGGGCCGGGCCGGGCCCCGCCUCGCCUCGCCGUCCCCGAGCCCCCGCGGCUGAGGCAGCUCGGAAGCACCGGUGCCGUAUAACCACAUGCACUUCGACGACAGAGUUGACGUUUUUUCAUGCCUUACGUGAGGAAAAGUUUAUGACCUCCCCCUCUCCCAGAGGAAUGAUCGGGGGCUCUGCUCUGGUCCUACUGACGUGGCUGUCCUUGGUCAGUAACCGGUACCUACAACUUUGCCACUGUGCAGUUGUGAAUAGAAAGAAAAUUUAAAUGUCUUCAGAAGACAAAGAAGCUCAGGAGGAUGAGCUGCUGGCUUUGGCUAGCAUUUAUGAUGAAGAUGAGUUUAAGAGAGCCGAGUCUGCCCAAGGAGGAGAAACAAGAAUUUGUCUGGAGUUGCCCCAAAACUUCAAAAUUUUUGUGAGUGGCAAUUCCACAGAGAGCCUCCAGAACAACGGGUUUGAAUACACCGUUUGCUUUCUGCCUCCCCUUGUGCUGAAUUUUGAACUCCCACCAGACUACCCAUCAACCUCCCCCCCAGUGUUUACCCUCAGUGGAAAAUGGCUUUCCCAAGCUCAGCUCAGUGCUCUUUGCAAACACUUAGACAACGUAUGGGAAGAGAACCGAGGCUGUGUGGUCUUAUUUGCCUGGAUGCAGUUUCUGAAGGAAGAAACGCUGAGUUACCUGAAUAUUUCCUCCCCAUAUGAGCUCAAAAUGUGCCAUCAAGGGAAUGGGCAGAGUAGGACACCUUUGGUCCCUCUCGACGCUGAGAAGGAUUGCGGUGGUGCAGCAGGCUCUGCAGCAGCUGAAGAAGAACUCAUCGAUGCAAGAGCUGUACAGGAUGUGGAAUCGUUGUCAAGUCUGAUUAGGGAAAUCUUGGACUUUGAUCAGGCUCAGAAGAGGAAGUGCUUUAACAGUAAGAUGUACUUGUGCAAUAUCUGCUUCUGUGAGAAGCUGGGCAGUGAAUGUAUGUACUUCACCGAGUGCAGCCAUGUAUACUGCAAAGCAUGCCUGAAGGACUACUUUGAAAUACAGAUCAGGGAUGGUCAGGUCCACUGUCUCAACUGUCCAGAACCGAAGUGUUCUUCUGUUGCUACUCCUGGCCAGGUGAAAGAGUUGGUUGGAGAGCAGCUAUUUGCACGUUAUGACCGCCUGCUUCUGCAGUCUAGCUUGGACCUGAUGGCAGAUGUAGUGUAUUGCCCUCGCCCGGGCUGUCAGACACCAGUCAUGCAAGAACCAGGAUGCACCAUGGGCAUAUGUUCCCGUUGCAACUAUGCUUUUUGUACUCUCUGUAAAAUGACUUACCAUGGGGUCUCUCCAUGUAAAGUUACUGCGGAGAAAUUAAUGGAUUUGCGAAAUGAAUAUUUAGAAGCAGACGAGGCAACUAAAAGAUUUUUGGAACAACGCUAUGGCAAACGAGUGAUUCAGAAAGCCCUUGAGGAGAUGGAGAGUAAAGAAUGGCUAGAAAAGAACUCGAAGUCUUGUCCUUGCUGUGGUACUCAUAUAGAGAAACUAGAUGGUUGUAACAAAAUGACGUGUACUGGCUGCAUGCAGUAUUUCUGCUGGCUUUGUAUGGGUUCUCUGUCAAGGGUGAACCCAUACAGGCACUUCAAUGAUCCAUCUUCCCCAUGCUUUAAUAGAUUGUUUCAAGCCAUGCAUAUUGAUGGUGAGUUAUGGGAAGUUGAAGAUGAAGACUAGUAGCUUUCUCUACAACAAAAGCUGAACAAACCAGAGAUAGAUGCUUUCCAUUUUUGUGUCAAGUUUGUUUGCUUUUCACUUCCAUUAUGUGAUAGAAGAAUAACUACCUUGCACUGCAGGAUACUCGCACUUCAGAGGCUGUUGCCAAAACCAAAGGAGACCAUUUUACCCAUCCUGUGGUCAGGAUCACCAUGGAAGGCCCUAAUAAUCCUAUCAAUUGUUAAAGGAUUGACAAAUACAACCCAUCAGAAGUUGGAAAAUUACUGGAAAAAUAUGUACUAAGAGGUGCCCCUUUUUGAGAAGCAAACAAACAAAACUGAAGCCCCAAAUCAUAGAAGUAUUUGGGGGUUUCCUUUAGCGAGACUGACCUUUCGAGGAUCUUGGCUUAUAUCCAUUGUUGGGUUUACGGCAGUUUUAUUAUAGCUGUAGUGCUCUUUCUGGAGCUGUUUAGUGAUGCUGCUUGCACAGGGAAAGUUUUCUGAUAAAAUAUAGAAAAUUUCUUCUGUAUUCAGCAGCUGAGCCUGUUGCUUCUAUAGUGUUUCCUGACCCGUUUCUCUGAAAAGCGGCUCAUUGCUUUGUGACUGAUACUUUCUAACGAUGGCAAAGUCAAUUAUUCCUAACUUCCGAUUAUUCCCUUCUUACUGGCUGUAAUGCCUGGGUCUCUGCAUUACUGAAUGCUUUGGCAGAAAACUUGAAAAAUUUGAAUCAGUUUGAUGACUCAUCUCAGUGUCGCUGUUGUAUUUGCUCACGUUGCCUCUCCUUAUUUUGACAGUGAUGAGUGCUAAGGCAAUGAACCGAGUAUGUGGCCAGUGAGAGGGUGAAAAGUAUCAGUCAGAUAUUGAAACACAUUUUUAUGGGUACGUAGUUGAGAUUAACUUGAAUUUUUCAAGAUACUGAAAAUUACCUUGUCUUCUCAGAUGAUGAAUUUAUUUUUUACUAACUCUUCAUAUAAGAAAUCUGAUUAGUUGAUAGUUUUGCUUCUGGACUAGAUUCCUUAUUUCCACUGUUCUUGCACUUCAAAUUAUUUCAAAACCCAACUUCUUUCCCCUAAAAGCUCAGUAAGCAGUUUUGUGAGCAUGAAAGUAAUUACUGGAGGGAACCACUAAUUUUUUAGAAGUUUUUCCACUUGCAGAAUGGUCUAAAAAUUUAUUUUGAAAUUAAAACUGCAUGUGCUGUGUUCAAAACAAAUAGCAGGGUCCGGAUGGAUAGCUCAGGAGCUGGAAGACUCUUCAGAAACUCAAGGUGAACACCUCUCACUCAGUUUUGCCUGUUAGUAAAUAAAUUUAUACUUGGAUAUCUGGCCAAAAUGAGUGCUGAUUUAGUUGCUUUCACAGAGGAUGGAAGUCUGUACUAUUAGAAUUGGCAGCGAUUAAAAAGAUACGAGAUGGUAAGGGCGGAUCUUUCGUCUUGGUUUAGGCUAUAGGACAGCGUGUAGGGAAGGGUUUCACCGCGUAUGAUUUAAACUGUAUUUAUUUCCUGCACCUUUCACAUGCACUAAAUUCACUUUAAGACAGUAAACAUAGUUGUCUCCCUGUUUGUCUUCAUUAUGGCACGUAUAUGGCAGCACAGGUCAGCGCGUGGGACAGUUUUGUUCUGCGUCUGGGUGGCGAUCGCCUCCAGUGCUUGCGUGCCACGGGGCCGAGGCGCUCGCUCGCGUGGUCGCCUGUAGAAUGACGUAGAACAGACUAGGGCUCGCGCAAAGCUCUUGAGCGAAGCUGGCACAGGAUGUGUUCUGCUGACAGAAGUUUGGACAUUUGUGUAUGUGAAGUGCCCUCGCACCCAAAGAGCCCUGGUUUUCCCUCGGAGACACAAGCCGCUAACUGAUAGACGGUGGCUAUCGUGACACUACUCUGAGAUUACUGUGUUGGAUGUAGCCAGCUUUGAGCUGCAGUCCCCACAGGAGUUUCCGCUCUGGCCACGAUUUUUAACUCUACAGAUCGAGUCCAAAAGCUGCCUGCUUUCAGAAGGGGCUUUCUCCCCGCUAAGCUGCGUAUGUGGGCAGAUGGGGAACGUUUGUGACAAGAAGCAUGUGCUUAAAGCCUGUUUUUGUGCCUCGAUAGAGGAGGGGGCGUUGGAUCUCUUAAACCUACAGGAGGCUGGGCAGGUCCCUUCUGGCAGGACAGAGGUGGGCCGAGUGCAGGGCCUGGACAAGAAGGGUAUGUUGGGAUGAAAAGCCGUGGCUGGGGAUGUCUGCCAGAGCUACCAGAGCACAAGCGCUAUGGUGAAGUAUUUGAAGGUGUUGUGAUGAACUACCUCUGCUUUCAAGAACUUUGUGUGGAGAAAGGAGGAAUGAUGAUGUAGUCACCACCGCGUCUAUGAGUUCUGAGCACUCGGGGACCCCUGGGCUGGAGCUCCCAUAUUCUGCAGUGAGGCAGAGGAGGACAGACUCUCUGAGGAGGGGACAAGGAGGCGACUGCAGUGGUAGGACCAUCAGCUGGUGUUGCAGAGGAGGGGCAGUUAAAACCAGAAUCUGGCUUCACCAACAGAGAGCAAGGCAGGCAACUCCGGUAAUGUGGCACAGUGUUUCUUCCUCAUUUUUUUAUUGUUUUUUCUCUCUUGCAGACCUCCUCACUUGCUCCAUUACUGUGCAUGCACAGAAUGAGCUUUAGAUUAUUUGCAGACAUUUUGUGGUAAAAGGUAAAUAACUGUGACCUCCUCAGUUUUCCUUUAAAGAUCCCCACUGUUUUUUUUUAUGAAAUGGCUGCUGCCUGGCAGGACAGAACCGUAGCAGGUGUUUGGUGGAAACCUGCCAGCAAUUACAAGAUGAGGAAGCUCUUGAACUAGGGAGCAGCAGCAGCUAUUUCUACCAAACAGCUUUUGAUACAGCUUUGGUUCUAGGUGACAGAGAAAUCUUGUGCAAAAUAACAGGACUUUCUUGUGCGUUGACAGUUUUGUUGCUCUGCUCAAAGAUGGUAUUACGAGUCCCGUUCAGCCUCAUAAACUGUUCCUUUUCACUAGCACAGUGAGGCUGAGCACCAGAUACAGUCAGUGUGACCAUUUAGAAAAAAUUAAGACAUUUACUAUAGAAAGUUACAUUACAGAUCAACAGCUUAUAACAUUUCUGCAUAAAGAAAAUUAAUGCUGCCCAGUUUGUCUUGCCCCUCAAUUGAUAGCAUUUGAUAGGAAACCCAGGAAUCAAGUUUCAGAAUUGGUGGGGUCUUGCCAGUACAGGCUGUUGUCCACCUGUGUGGGGCUUCUGUAAUUAAACAUAGGCUGAGGCCAGAGGGAACAGACUGUUUCCUUUGAGGCUUAUUUGGUAUUUCCUUGUAGCAGUGUAAAGCAUGGGAAGGAGGGGGGAGAGAACUUACUGCUUCAGGCUCUGCUCUGACACAAAUAAGAGCGCGCUGAGCAGCACAGAGAGAAGUCAUUUAUGCUUAAUCUGAACAAAUCUACUCUCCUGUAGUACAUCAUAAAGCACCAGGGCAUAUAAAAUUAUACCCUGAAACUGAACAUGUAAGGCUUCUUGUGUGACAACAAAUAAAAGCAUAUAGAUGUGUAAACUAA